UUGCUAAGUAUGCAGAUUCAGAAAAUUGAUGGCUACUUGCUCGAUUCUGUGCAGAAUAACGAAAGUCUGCGUGUCGUGAUCGCACCCAGGGAUACACACACAAAGGAAACUCUCUCAUCUUACUGAGCCACUUCUCCUUCCUUUGCUAAAGCUUCCAUACUGUAGCUGUGAUCUGAUCAUUUCUUUUUUUUUAAACCGAAGACUGAAAAUGGAAAAGCAGCUCUGUGAUUUACUUGUGCACCUGAUUCUGCUUACCUGGGGUUUCGGAGCUGGUGUUGCUGGUUUGGACCGGUACUCGUCUCUGGGAGAGACUGUUACACUGCCUUGUAUGAGAUUCCAGGAAUAUGAAAACUCUUUAAUUUAUUGGACCUUUAGUCAAAGAUCUGAAUCUUCUGAGCUGGCCUCGGAUGGGAUGAUUAUAGUCAGCCAGCCAGAGAGAGCUGCAAGACUGGAGGUGCUGCCUGACUCGUCUCUGCGGAUACACCACCUGCACACAGAGGAUGCCGGCCAGUAUGAAUGCCAACAAUAUGUAAAUGGACAGCUUUAUGAAGGAGGAACUCCAGUUGUUCUGAACCUGCUCACCAUUACAGCUGACUCAAGCAGAGACUUAAAGAGAGGCACUGCAUUAGCUCUACAGUGCACCCUGGUGUGUAAUGGUGGUAUUGCAGACUGCAGGUCAGUUCCUGACAAUGUUAAACUGACCUGGGUGGAUGAUGAAGGCACAGCCCUGCAGGGAGACAGGUUCAAGAUAACUCCCAGCAGAACACAUUCCACUCUGUCCCUGGAGCUGCAGAAAUCAGACCAUGACAGGAGAUGGAGAUGCAACCUAACUGAGGGGGGUGCAGUAAAGGCUUCGUAUAGCUACACCACUACACUUACAGAAAAUCUGGUAUUGAUUGCAACAGCUUCAGCGGCAGCCAUCGCUCUCCUCAUAGUUUUGAUCCUCGCAGUUGCGUUCUGUGUUUGGAAGAGGAGGAGAUCAGAUUCAGAUAACCACGUCCAGGUUGAAGAAUUAACGAAGGAGUCUGUCAGUGAGAUUCCUGCUCAGGUUACGGGGGGCGCCGAGGAGAACUACUCCAGCAUUCAGUUCAACAACGAGGAAAGAGGACCUGAAAGGAGUCAGGCUCCGGCGGAGGAAAGCAACGGCGUCAUUUACUCUGCAAUCAGAUGAUUGGCAGACAAUACUGCUCUCUCUGUUACAGCAUACAGCAUCUAUUGGCGCUGUGCGCAAAAAAAAAAAAAAUAUGCUUUUAAAAUUGUAUUUUACAUUGUAAACAGUCAAGUGACCAGGAAUUGCUCCGCUUUGUUUGGUUCAUGAUGAUUUUUAGGGCUCUGUUUUAAAAACAUUAAAGUAUGUUUUAUGGAAUGUUUUGAUAAAGACGGUUUUGUUUAAGCACAUUAUGAUUAAUUAAAUCGAGUUUGCAGUUCAUAAAACCACUUUGGUCUGUUUUAUAGAGUUUCGUUACAUAGAUGUGCCGAUACUCUGUUUACUACUACUAUUUUCUGAGUAAUUGCCUUUAAGAAAUGUGAAAUUGUUCAAUAUUAAUUAAAUGUAAUAAAACAUAUUGAUUCCUCAGCAUAAAACAAUGCGGUCCCUCGGUUUUAAUUGUUUACACAAUUAUAUUUUCUAAGUGAUUAUUUGUCUUUUAUCCUUUUGAUAUUAAAUAUAUUUAUUUUCCCUUAGUUUCCUAGCAUCUACGAAAUACAGUUAAGAUUAGGUCUUGUCUAAUGUCUAAGAAAAGAGACCACAUAACUCCUGUGCUGGCUUCUCUACAGGCUUCCAUUACAAUUUAGAGUUGAUUAUAAGAUCCUACUUCUGACUUACAAAACACUUCAUGGCCUGGCACCUGAUUAUCUAAGAGCUCUUGUCCCUAUAAGUACCUGGACGUGCUUUGAGGUCGGCUGAUUCUGGUCUCCUGUCCCUCCCAAAGACAAAAAGGAAAGGAGGAGCUUCCAGUUACAAUGGUCCCCGAUUGUGGAGAGAGCUGCCAUCUGAUAUUAAAGAUGCAGGGUCUCUUAAUAUUGUUAAAUCAAAAUUCAAAUCUCACUUUGUUAGACUAGAAUUUUAUACACGUGCUUUAAAGUGUUCUUUCUUCUCUCUUGAUUUCUCUAAUAUUGAAGGUUUUUAUUGUUGUUUUGAUUAAUUGUACUAUAACUUUUUCAUUUUUGUUUUAUUGGUUUUAUUGUAACUUUUGUUUGUAUUGGAAUUGAGAUUCUGUAGUAUGAAAGUCGCUAUAUAAAUAAAUUAAUGUUCAACUAUUAAAUAGGUUGAGUCCCUUGUUCCCUUCUCCUUGUGUGAAACAGCUUCGGAAUAGCUGCUUCUUCAGAAUAAUCUAUUUGCAUCUUAGUUUAUAUAUUUCCAAUUGUAAAUAUAUUGCCCUUAAAAUGAAUACACUGAUCUAU